GGCUAUUUGUUUCGAAAUUGUAUUUUAAUAAACAUUGAUCCCGCAACAUGAACGUGGGGAGUGCAUACUCCAUACACACGGUGUGUCGCAUUUGUUUAAAGUACCUGCAAAACGAUGCUGCGUACGACCUCUUUUUGGUUCCUGGACUGGCGAAAAAACUCUGUGUGUGCACGUCGUUGUCAGUCGAGCAGCAAGACGGAUUUCCAAAAAAUUUAUGCUCCAAUUGUUACACCAGGUUGAACGACAUGCACGAUUUUCAGAAACUUUGCGUCGAUUCUGUGCAGAAGUUUCAAGAAAUGGUCGCAAGCAAUGUAUUCACUUGUCAAGUUAGCAGCUUCGAUGUCAUGGACCCGGUUGUAGCUAAUGAGGCAGAAUUGGCGGCCGAAGAUGAGGAUCGAAUUAACUACGAUCCCCUGCUUAACCAUAAAAUGGAGUUAAUUGAAAAUGAGGAGGAUGUAUUCAAGAUGUUGGAACAUGUAGAUAAAGAGGCCGAGGACGUGCUUAACGAAGUCAAGCAUGAUGAGGCAGCAUUUGAAAUCAAAAUAUUCGACAACGAACAGUCCUCUUUUGAAAGUGACAAUGACAAUGACAACGAUGUGGAUUUUGAGCCCAACAGUAGUGAUGACGAUAUGCCGCUGGCGCAACGCCUACGGGGCUCUAAGCCCAAAGGUGCAUCCAAGACAAAAUCCAAGCAAAAAGUUCCUGAUGAUGAUAAUGAUUUUAGCUCCGAGUCCGAUGACGAUGAGGACGAUGAUGACAAAGAAAGACCAAAGCGCAAACGCAUUCCGGCGGCUGAGCGCCACUUGCAUCGUAUCAUUGAUUGCCACAUUUGUCAUCAGAAAUUCAAAAAAGCUAUUAGAUAUGAGGAGCACAUGAAACAUCACAAUGAUUUGCUGCCGUUUCAGUGUAAGGUGGAAACGUGUAGAAAAGGUUUUACAACUGCCGGUGGGCUGCGCCUUCACGUUGACCAUGCGCACACGGAACUAUCCGAGGUGCAUGCUUGCAAUGUUGAAGGAUGCGGCAAGACAUUCCCCCGCAUUCGCCUGUUGACUUUCCACAUGAAGAAGGUGCACAACAUAUCGAAGGCAUCGGCGCCACCAAGGGAUUACCCCUGCACCGAAUGCGAAAAGGUUUUCCGUUGCCCCAUGGCCUUAAAAAAGCACAUGUACAAGCACGAUGGCAAGGAGCUACCAUUUCCAUGCAACAUCUGCGGUAAACGAUUCGUUAUUAACAGCGCUCUUAAGGAUCACCUUAUGCGACAUGCCGGUAUUAAAAACUAUGUAUGUCCCUACUGCGGUGUGGGCAAGACCACUCGUCAAGAAUGGAACACACACAUCCUUACCCACACCCAGGAGAAGAAGUUCAAAUGCCAUAUCUGUGAGCAUGCUUCGCACAAUAAACAGAGUCUGGCCAAUCACAUUAAGAUCGUUCACGAAAAGAUCAAGAACUACGCUUGCCAAUACUGUGGCAAAACAUUUGGCAAGUCACAUGCUUGUAAGAUCCAUGAGAUGACGCAUACAGGCGAGAAGCGUUGCGAAUGCAAGGUGUGUGGCAAGAAAUUCCUUUAUCCAAAGAGUUUAACAAAACACUUGAAGACGCACGAGAAACGCGUUCUUCGUGCUAUUGAAACUUACCGGCAGCGGCAAGUGGAGCUUGGCGAAGGCUCCACCGAGCAGGCAGACAAUCCACCGGAAGGUAUACCUGCCAGUGUAGAGACUGAAGGUCUCUCUCAAAAUGCCGCAGAUGAGUUGCUUAAGGUUUGCGCCGAGUCUGUGGCUACAAUACCAAAAGAUCCUCGUCGAGUACAACGUGUUGACAUCUCUCAAUUGGCGGGCACCGCUGUAAAUCCCAUACCCUCAGUAUCGGUCCCAUCCUGGUCACCACAAGUGAACUUUACCAAAAAGGAGGGUAAACAUAUUUGUCCCGGCUGUGGCCAAGGCUUCAACAACAUCGGCAACAUGAAACGUCACUACAAAAUCAUACAUGAAAAGGUCAAGGACUUCGCCUGCCGCUUUUGUCCCAAACGCUUUGCAAAAGCACAAACGCUUCGACAUCACGAAUGGAUACACACUGGCGAAAAACCGUUUGAGUGUAAGACAUGCGGCACGCAUUUCCGUCAGGAGACAGCGCUCAAGCGGCAUCAAAGGACGCACGAGAACAGGCCGCCUGUCAUCUCAUCCAAGUUCUACGCCGCCCGCGAAGAGUUGGAGGAGCAAGAGCGCAGAAAACGGGAGGCUAGACGCAAAGCAGACGCGAAGCGAAAGGAAAUUGCGGAAGCGGCAAAAGAGCAAUUACAGACGCUGCACAAAAUCGAAGCAACGGACAAGAAUUUGCACUCUUAUGAUGAGUACCAGGAAGCAGCCGCAGAGCGGGCAGCCGCCUCUGCAGAAUUGCAGGCUCAACAGUUUGAAGAGAACGAGAUAAAGCGCAAAGCGGAGGAAGAACGCCGGAAGGUUCAAGAGGCUGCCUACGAGCAGUUACAAAUACUGCAACAGCAACAGGAAAUCGAGAAAGCUCAAAGCUCCUACGAUGGGUACUUUGCUCAAAAAGCGCACGCUGAUGGAACCAGCCUCGAUGCCCUCAAAAUAGACCAUGUGUGAAUCUUGCGAGUCAAGCUCUGACAAUUAUUAAGUCUAAUUUAAUAUUUCUGUUUGUGCGAUAAGGGUUCUAUGGGUAGUGGAUGAGGAAAGCAAGCAACGCUUUUUUAAAGCAAUACUUUAUAUACAUAAAUGAUAUUCUCUCAAUCGCAUCGGCUGGGUACGCGGUCGAAUCUCGCACACUAACAACAUGGCUGGGGUACAUUAGAAUUCAACUGCAAUAGGCCACCAUUGGUAUAUGCCACCCAGUUAAUUCCCGGAAUUAUUUGAAAGAAAAAGAUCUUACAUUUGUACAGUUUGCGCUGCCUAUGCGUUUAAGAGAAUUAUCAUUAUAAUUCUUAAGAGAUACAAAAAAAUCUAUGGAUAUGAUAUACACACUAAGUAAUAAAUAUACUUAAGCAUAAAGUGCAUAAUAUAUAUAUGUUAACAAAAUAACAAAUAUAGUAUACAUACAAACACUUCAA